AUGGCUGACACCACCGAGACCAAACCCGACCCCACCACCACCACCUCGACGGAGGAAACCACACCUGCUCCUGCCGUCGAAAAGACCGAGGGAGAAGAGAAGUCGGUUACUGAGAAGGCUACCGAUGCUUCCGUUAACGCUGCCUCCAAGACUACUGAUAGUGUUUUCUCCAUGUUCGGUGGCGGCCCCAAAAAGGAGAAGAAGGAAGAGGCCGACGAUGUCGAUGAGCCAUCUGGAUCAUCAAAGGCUCAAAAGGCCGAAGGCGAGGAGGAAGAGGAGGUUGAAUCUCCCGAAGUCCACUUCGAGCCCGUCAUUCACCUCACCGAAAAAGUCGAGACCAAGACAAACGAAGAGUUGGAGGAACAAGUCUUUAAGAUGCGUGCAAAGCUUUUCAAGUUCGACCGCGAGUCUCGUGAGUGGAAGGAACGUGGUACCGGCGAUGUUCGACUUUUGAAGCACAAGGAGAACCAUAAGACUCGCUUGGUCAUGCGCCGAGAUAAGACGCUGAAGGUCUGCGCAAACCACUACAUUGUCCCCGAUAUGAAAUUGUCUCCCAACGUUGGCAGUGAUCGUAGCUGGGUUUGGAACGCCGCUGCUGAUGUCAGUGAGGGUGAGCCCGAGGCUCAGACCCUUGCUAUCCGUUUUGCCAACAGCGAGAAUGCCAAUCUCUUUAAGGAUGCCUUCAUCAAGGCUCAGCAAGAGAACGAGAAGCUGUUCUCUGCAGAGGCUUAA